AUAAAGCUUCACGUUCAUGUAGUCGGCCGCUAGUUGGCUAACGAGUCACCGACCGACCGACCGACGGACGGACGGACGGACGGGGAGAGAGAAGCGGAACAGGAGCUUUUGUCGGCCGGGUUACUUCACCUGGCACACGGAUAAUAAUUAUAACAACAAUAAUAAUAAUAUAUAGUGACGUGUUUUGUUUUAUUAUAAUCAUCAUCGUCGCGGGACCGGCGUCGCGUUCUGUGGCUCGCAGCGCCCCGCUAGCUUUGUCACGGCGACUCACGCGCAUACGUAGUUGUAGCUCGCCGCGCUAGCCAGCUAGCUCCGCUCAGGCUAACUCGAGAAGAAAGGCCGUCGAGUUGACCCCGCGUCCGGCGGCGAAGAAUCUUCUGGCACAUCAUCGAGGUUGUCUCCCUCCUCUCCCCCCCCCUCCUCCUGCCCGACACCAUCGCCAGCGUGUGUCGGAACCCGACGCCACCAGCCGCAGUGAGAAAGCAGGAACGCCGGGAGAAGGAUGGCUCUGAAACGGAUCCACAAGGAGCUGAAUGAUCUGGCUCGUGACCCCCCAGCACAGUGCUCAGCCGGCCCAGUGGGAGAUGACAUGUUUCACUGGCAGGCCACAAUCAUGGGACCUACUGAAAGUCCAUAUCAGGGUGGUGUUUUCUUCCUGACAAUUCAUUUUCCAACAGACUACCCCUUCAAACCCCCCAAGGUUGCAUUUACAACGAGAAUUUACCACCCAAAUAUUAACAGCAAUGGCAGUAUCUGUCUGGAUAUUCUCAGAUCACAGUGGUCUCCUGCACUUACUAUUUCUAAAGUUCUCCUCUCCAUUUGCUCACUCCUAUGUGACCCCAACCCCGACGACCCACUAGUGCCAGAGAUCGCACGAAUCUACAAAACAGAUAGUCAGAAGUACAAUAAACUAGCUCAGGAGUGGACGGCGAAGUAUGCCAUGCUUUAGGAUACACCAAAAUGGCGAAAGAAUGGACAAACAAAUACGCAAUGUGAUGGCAUCGCUGGGAAAGCUGGAGGAAAAUGUUGUCGCUGGUUCAAACUUAAAAUUCCAGGAUUCAGUUUUUCUUUUUUUCCACUUUUUUAUUUUCUUUUAUUUUUUUGUUAAUCAGAGCAUUUUACCCUCCGCUCCUUUUUUUUUUUUUCUUCUUCUUUCUUUCUCCCCCACCUGUGUGCUCAUAAGAAGAUAGUUUUCUCUCUAUAGGACACAUGCCAGUUUCUGUGAGGUUUCAAUUCCCAUUUUGUAUGGAGUUUUAAAAAAGAAUAAAUAAAAGAAUAAAUAAAUCAAUCACCAUGGUUCUUGAACACUCAGCUUGAGCAUGCACCAGUAAGAAUUUUAUCAACCCCAGAAUUGGUGAUGGUAAGUCAUUUUUACACUCUGCACACACUUAGUAGAAUCUGAUGCAACUGGUCUCCUGAUGAUGCAGAGCAGUGUAUCGGCCCCACGACCUGUUGGGGUCGAUAUAUACUUUACCCCCAAAUUUUUUAAUUUCAAAUUGGCAAGAAGAAAACAAAUCUGCAUUGAUAUUAGUGGUAAAAAAAAAAAAAAAUGGGAAAUGCCAUUUCCCUUUGAAAAGAAAGAGAGAAACUGGUCUGUGGCUCCUGGACUGGUGUGACAUCAGUAUGUUUCCUGAUCAUUAGUGUAGGAAUCUUUUAUUACCUGAGGAAAGAGGAAGUGUAUCUUAUUCCACUAUCAAAGUGUGUGUACAGAGAAGCACCGCAGUAUAUAUAUCAUUGUUAAGGAAACAAAAAUAUAAAGAACUUCAAUGUUGUAUUUUAUGCAUGUUAAUAAAGGUAGGCUAUUAUAUCUGAUAUGUUUCUGCAAAUUAAGUGGAUUUGUAAAGCUGAACAGUUGGAAGAAGAAAAAAAAAAUUUGGUUCCCCUCAAAGGCUUUCUAUUUCUAUUUCUUUUUUCCGUUAUUUAGAAGCCAGUAGAUGAGCAGUUAGUUUUUAUGCCCUCUUGAACACUGUCUUCUUGUAGCCCUAAAAUAUUGAUGCAAAGCCGACGGUUGAUAAUCAACUUGCGGCUCUGUUUUUUUUAGUUUUCCCUUCAAUAAAGUUACUUAAACCAUAAAAAAAAA